UCUCUCUCUCUCUCUCUCUCUCUCUCUCUCUCUCAAUGGUCCCUCAAGUCCCCCACCUUCCUCCUUCAACAGGCUUUCUCUCUCUAAAACCCCCUUUCUUCACUCUAAAGUUCCAAACUUUCCGUCUGGUUUUCUCGUAUUAGGGCUUUCCUCAGCUCAUAAGCGGCAGUAUGAGACCAAUUUGUGAAACAUGUGGAAACCAAGGAUGGAAAGGACUAUUUGUAACUUGCUCUAAAUGCCGUAUAGCCUGUGAACACCGUUACUGCAUGGAUAAAGUUUCAUUUGAGGCCUCAGUAGAUUUUGUAUGCGCUGAUUGUUCGAAGAGGACCGUUCAAAACAGAUUAUCUACAGCCUCCAUCAAAGCAGCACCCCCUAGGAUUCAAAAGGGCAAAGCGAGGGUUGAAUCUUCAAAUCCAGUCCCCAGAUGGAAAAAGAUUCCUGAAUCAUCGAAAAUGAGGUUAAUCUCACCGGAGGAAGUCAGAAAACUUUCAUUCAGUGGGGGCAACAACUCAACUUUCAAAGUGCCAAAACCUGUUCCAGCUCGUUCUCCAACGGGUUUAACAAAGCUUGCUUCCUUUCCAAGAUCUAGGAGUCUGAGUUCCACAGUUGUGGCUCGCAAAACCAAUCACAUGCUCCUUCCUCCACCUAAAAGGGCUGAGUCUCCUAGGCCUUUGCAGAUUCGUUCAGGAGUCAUGCAACAAUCUUCUAAACGACAAGCAGUAGUAGAAGGGUCAAAACUAAAAGUUGGUGGUGGAGCUAAAGAUCUUGGUUCAAAAGAGAUAUGCCGAUCAAUCCUAUCAGAAAAGCUGUUGCAAUUGCUUCCACAUCGACCAGCUUUGCCCCCUAUUUGGAAGGGACGCAUUUUAGAUUCUGCUACACCAUCAGAGUUUAAUGGCGUGUUUUGGGCACAGCCGGCUUCUGUAAUCCGCAAGAAGGCUUACAACCUUUCAAAGACGAUUCCUGUCGUACUCAAGGUCGAAUUGGUCCCUAUAGGCAGUCUUUUGAAUGAUUUGUUUGCCAACAGAAAGCCAGCGCUUUCAGAUGUCGAGAUGUACAUUUUCCCAGAUGAUAAGAACACAAUAAGGUUUAAGGAGGAACAUGCUUAUCUAUUUGAGACCAUGAAGAGACGCAAUGCUAUGAUCAGAAUCAACGUCAAGGACACGCCGUUACUGAUAUUCUCUUCAAAAGUGCUGGACAAGUCCUCUCAAAUUAUCAUCGAGAUGCAGAAGAAAACAAAAAACUUCCUUUGGGGGAUUUUUCUCGUGACGAAAAAGUCAUUAGCACUCGUUCCUGGAACUUCUAAUCAAGCUGCUCAACGUUUUGAUGCUGGAGAUGUGGUUGACAAUACCGCUAAACGCCCAUACAGGAGGGAGAGAGUUUGAUCGAUGCGUGUUAUAUCUCAAGAAAAUUGGUAAUAGCUUUGUUUGCUACUGUCUGAAUGUGUGUUCUUGUUUGUUGUAAGAAGUAAUAAAGUCAGGCCUUGUUGUUACUUUCACCUCAUUUGAUAGUUUAAUGUAGAUUUUGUGAGUACUUAAACUGUUCUUUUUUGUUUA